AUGGAUGGCUUCGACGAUGACUAUCAGCUGGACCUCCUGUUCCCCCUUCAGGCAGCGCCUGCGUUUCAGUACCUGAGCCCUACGCACCUCACCCAGACAUCGAUAUGGGCAAGCGUCGACGCCGACCUCAACACUGACGACGGUCAUCUUUCUUGGCCACUCGUUCACGACAUCAUCGACGACCCCCCGAUCAAUACAGCUGCGGUCGAUGCGCCUGCCAGCUUUCAUGUCUUUCCCCAAGACGUGACCGACAUGGUCAAUCGCAACUCUUUGUCAGAUUCGGAACUUUUUAUUGGUAUUGAUAUUCCUCCUACUCUUCAUAUCCCUCAGGCACCCCGAGUCCCAGGAUCGAGCCAUGCUUUCCACGUUACGGGAAACUGUGAAGAUCCUGCACACCUGCGCAGAAGGAGACGUCGUUGUUUAUGUUGCCAGGUAGACAAGGGAAACCGUCCAUGCCUCGGCUAUCCACUAUGCCAGCGAUGCAGCAUUCUCCCUGGUAUAAAGGCAACACCUCCUUCUUUGACGGACAUAUUGUACCUUGACUGGAGACUCUGGUUCUUCCUGUGCCGCGAUCUAGGCCAGAACAUUGCUCCUUUCCGCGAGGAGUUUCUCAGUGCCUCGCCGAUGCCUUUCGGAGCCCGUGCACCGGUUGUACUGGAGUUGGAACUUCAGGACAGGAUGCCCAGCUGCUAUCUCAGCAGUAACCAUCUAGUUGUCUUCGAACCUGACUUGGGGAAGCAAUCAUUCGUUUCCGUUCCUGAACCAGACCAGACCCUGGUCCGUGCCCCGACCAUCCGUACCUCGCAACUCGACUCGUUCGUAACAGGAUCCGUGUGGGGAGAAGCUUACUCCGUGGCGACGUCCCACAAACUUUCCGGCGACGAAAUUGCUCUGUUCUCGACUGCAAGGCUAUUCACUGGAUAUUUCUGUCUUCUCCACAAUCUGGGAAACACCGUAAUCGACAGUGGUUCGACCUUUGACAUUAGUCCAGCCCAGUUGUUGUCCAUGGAACUGAUCUAUACAUUGGCCUACCGGUUACAGAUGCUAUUCGCAGAGUUCGCCAAGCUUUGCACCAAGGUCACCCAGAAGAACGCGGACAAAAAGAAAGGCAGAAAGACGCAUGCAGUUGUCGUCCUCUAUGCGCUCGAGGUCGUCUACCGUGUCGUAGUGUCGAUGAAGACAUGCACUUGGGAUGUCCCUGCGGAGAACCCUUUCCAUCCUCUGCUUCGACUCUGGACGGGCUUCCAACGACAAUCACGCAAUAUCCUAUCGAGGAUAUUGGCAUACGAAUGCUACUACUCCGGGCUUGACAAUGAAGGGAGCCGAAUGAAGUUACCACCGAUUGUCAAAUUCGCUCGAGAGGGAAGCUGCAGGAGCCUUCCGAGCCACCUUAGUAUUUUCCCGCAGAGACACCGCCCUAUCUUUCUAACGGACCCCUUCCCAUCACUGAACAAAGGCCGCAGUAAUCAAUACCUGGUCGACCUUUUAGCAUGCCCCGACAACGACUUCUGGCUCAGUGUCGCCAAAGGGUCAUCUCGGCCUCGCAAACGCUUCCCAGAGUACAUGGUGGCUGAAAAUAACUCAAAAGUCUUCCGUAGCGAGGUUGCUGUGACAACAAAGGAUGACUCUGAGUGCACUCGGUCAAAUCCUUCCGUGAAAGUGGAGGCAACACUUCCCCCAACGCGACUGAACGAACUCGAGCUCCUGUCGCAUACCGUGGAGAGUCCAUGCUUGCAGGCCCAUGAAGGACACGACGUGUCAUCUUCGGGCAAUCAACAUUUCGCUUCCGACGCCAGCUACAUCGGAGUAGGUGUGUACCUGGAUUCGUCGCAGCGCGGUAUUAGUCCAUCCUUCACUGCGAUCGACUCAGAUACCGAUGGACUCCAAAGACUCUUGGCGUCAUUUCAACGAUGGAACAGAUGGGUAGAGCAGCGAAACCUUGAUGGAGCCUCCAAGACUCCACCUGUCGCACGUCUGAGCCAAACUUGGCGGCUGAAGCAGGCUUGUUUCUCUUCCCAGCGGUUGAAGCGGAAACGGUCAGGCCCGAUGUUGGCGUUCCGCGAUUAA